GGAGGGUUGAUGUCAGUUCUUCUUUAAAGAAGACCAAAAUAUUUUAAACACUCAACUCUAUGUUCUUUAUGAGAGAUACAUUUAAAGUGUCAGUCAGAAAAGUAAACAAAAAUUUAACUAGAAAGGUAGGAAGUAAAGAAAUAUAAGAACUAAAAAGUCUUUACUAAAAAAAAUAAUAAUGAUUCUAAGGGGUAACUUCCCUGCUCUUUGUAGGUAUCAUGGGACAUGAGAAAUGGCACAGUAAUCACAGAGUUCACCCUCCUAGGCUUCCUGGUAUCCAAGGAUUCCAAGUGCCUCUCUUUACAGUGAUUUCUCAUCUACUUACUAACCCUUGCAGGAAAUGGGCUUAUUAUUGUCAUUGUCUGGGUUGAGCCAAGGCUACAGAUGCCAGUGUACUUCUUCCUUUGCAAUCUGGCCUUCCUAGAGAUCUGGUAUACUACUACCAUCAUCCCCAAACUGCUGGAAACUUUUGUGGUAGCAAAAACAGUCAUCUGCACUCCCUGCUGCCUGCUGCAGGCCUUCUUCUACUUCUUUCUGGGCACCACUGAGUUCUUGGUCCUCGCUGCCAUGUCUUUUGACCACCACCUGGCCAUCUGCAAGUCCCUUCACUAUUCCACAAUCAUGACCGGCAACCUCUGCCUGCAGCUGGCCCUCAGCUUCUGGUUUGUGGGCUUCAUCAUUGUCUUUUGUCAGACCAUGCUGCUUGUCCAACUGCCAUUCUGA